UCACAUGCUGGGUAUAUAUAUAUAUGAAUAUAAUUCAUCAUAAAAAAUUCCAUCAAUAAUUACACUUUUUGCUCCCAUAAAUCUGCCAGCUCCGAACAGACACUUGAACAACACAGACCAUCAUUUCUUGAGAUCGAGCUUAGGUUGUUGGAGAUUGGAGGGAGAGAAAAUUAAGCAAAUAAAAAUGGGUGCAAAACAGGUGCAGGGAAGCAGGGCAUCACUGGUUUUAAGGAUGUUGGGUUUGAUGUUGUUUGUUGUGCAGGUGGUUCCAUUUCCAGGGCAGAGGUUGAGAAGUUUGAGUGUGAUAAGGAAGAUGAAUCAGAAAGGCCCUUAUAUUGGUCUUGUCACUGUUUAUCCUCCUGAGGAGAAUGCCUUCUUUGCCACUGGUGCCUUCCAACCUCACCCACAACACCCCUUUGUAGAUUUAUCAGGUAGACGUUUUAGAAUUGGAACAGUGAUGGGAAAGAAAGUUAUCUACGUGAGAUGCGGUGUUGGGCUGGUGAACGCAGCGGCUACCACACAACUAAUGUUGGAUUACUUUCAGUUGAGUGGAAUCAUUCAUUUUGGCAUAGCUGGAAAUGCCAACAGUUCCAUGUCCAUUGGAGAUGUUGUGAUACCCAAACAAUUUGCCAACACUGGUCUAUGGGAUUGGAUGAAACCCAAUGGGACAGUUCCAACCAAUGAUGUUACUCAAAUGGACUUCAAGAACUAUAAUGUACCAAAAGGGGGAGACAAUGAGUUAGGGCACCUUGGAUAUAGCACUGAGCAAUUCUAUUCAACUUCAGGAGACCCAACUGAUCCUGACAGAGUUUUCUGGUUUAAUGUAACCAAGGACUGGCUUAACUUAGCUUCUAGCUUGGAGGGGAUGGAAUUGGAGCAAUGUCUAAAUUCAAGCUUGUGCCUCCCACAAAAGCCUAAACUAGUUGUAGGUCUCAAGGGUUCAACUGCCAACCUUUUCCUUGACAAUGCAGCAUACAGAGAGUUCCUCUUCCAGUCCUUUGAGGUUACCUCACUUGACAUGGAAAGUGAAGCUGUUGUGAUGACAAGCUUGUCCAAUGGAUUCCCAGUAAUUGCCAUUCGUGGAUUAUCAGACCUAGCUGGAGCACAAACAGGCAACAACACAAUUGAUUUGUUUGGACCUCUAGCAGCUACAAACACUGCCAAUGCUGUGAUUCAAUUCAUCAACACUCUGCCAAGAUCUAGCUGGAGCACAAACAGGAAACAAUACAAUUGAUUUCUUUGGACCUCUAGCAGGUUCAAACACUGCCAAUGCUGUGAUUCAAUUCAUCAACACUCUACCAAGAUCUAGAAAUACUUAUGGAUAUUAUUAGGGCUACCAUGACAAUUGCUCUUUAUAUUGUGUUUAUCUCAAGUUAGAGUUCCCGGUAUUAAUGAAAACAAUUAAUCAAUUUAGUUGCAAGUUUGCCACUUAUUGUUUGAAAAGAAACAUUUCAUGUCCAUUUUAUUUAUAGAAUUGGGCUGGAGAAACAUUAUAUCCCGUGAGAGUUAAUACCCAAUUUAGUCAU